AAGUGCAGCGAGCUCGGAGCCCGCGGGGGCGGAGCGGUGACAGCAGCCGCCGGGAGAAGUGCGGCGGCGGCGGCGGCGGCGGCGGCAGCGGGCGCGAUCCACACCCCCGGCCAGCUAGCGAGCGCCCGGCUCCGGCGUCCAUGGGGCGCCUCCUCCGCGCGGCUUCGAUCCCCGCCUGCGGCGCGCGCCUGCCCUGACCUGGACUUGGGACUUAGGAAGAGGAUCGCGCGGCCGGGACAGGUAUUGCGGAGCACAAUGGCUGAACAACUCCUUCCCCAGGCUUUGUACCUGAGCAACAUGCGGAAAGCUGUGAAGAUACGAGAGAGAACUCCAGAAGAUAUAUUUAAGCCUACCAAUGGGAUCAUUCACCAUUUCAAAUCCAUGCACCGAUACACACUAGAAAUGUUCAGAACUUGCCAGUUUUGCCCGCAGUUUCGAGAGAUCAUCCACAAAGCUCUCAUUGACAAAAACAUCCAGGCCUCCCUCGAAAGCCAGAAGAAGCUGAACUGGUGUCGAGAAGUCAGGAAGCUGGUGGCGCUGAAAACAAAUGGUGAUGGAAACUGCCUCAUGCACGCUGCUUCUCAGUACAUGUGGGGUGUUCAGGACACAGACUUGGUCCUGAGAAAGGCACUCUUCAGCACCCUCAAGGAGACAGAUACGCGCAACUUUAAAUUCCGCUGGCAGCUCGAGUCUCUGAAAUCUCAGGAGUUUGUGGAAACAGGGCUUUGCUACGACACUCGGAAUUGGACCGAUGAGUGGGACAGCCUCAUCAAAAUGGCAUCCACAGACACACCUGUGGCCCGAGGUGGACUUCAGUAUAACUCAUUGGAGGAAAUACACAUCUUUGUCCUCUGCAACAUACUCAGAAGGCCAAUCAUUGUCAUUUCUGACAAAAUGCUGAGAAGCUUGGAAUCGGGUUCCAAUUUUGCUCCUUUGAAGGUGGGCGGGAUUUACUUGCCUCUCCACUGGCCAGCCCAGGAAUGUUACCGAUAUCCCAUCAUUCUCGGCUACGACAGCCAGCACUUUGUACCCCUGGUGACCCUGAGGGACAGCGGACCUGAAAUCCGAGCUGUUCCACUUGUUAACAGAGAGCGAGGAAGAUUUGAAGACUUAAAAGUUCACUUUUUGACAGAUCCUGAAAACGAGAUGAAGGAAAAGCUCUUGAAAGAGUACUUGAUGGUGAUCGAAAUCCCUGUCCAAGGCUGGGACCACGGCACCACCCAUUUGAUCAAUGCUGCAAAGCUGGAUGAAGCUAACUUACCAAAAGAAAUAAACUUGGUAGAUGACUACUUCGAACUGGUCCAGCACGAAUACAAGAAAUGGCAGGAGAACAGUGAGCAAGAGCGGAGAGAGACGCAUGCCCAGAACCCUCUGGACCCUUCCGUGCCCCAGCUUUCUCUCAUGGACGUAAAAUGUGAAACGCCCAACUGCCCUUUCUUCAUGUCCGUGAACACCCAGCCUUUGUGCCACGAGUGCUCCGAGAGGCGGCAGAAGAACCAAACCAAGUCCGCAAAGCUGCACUCCAAGCCAGGCCCCGAGGUGCUCCCCGGCAUGGCGCCCGGCGCCUCCCGGGGUGAGGCCUAUGAGCCCGUGGGCUGGAGCCCCGAGGAGCCCACUGGGGGGCCGCAUUCGGCCCCUCCGACGGCGCCCAGCCUUUUCCUGUUCAGUGAGACCACCGCCAUGAAGUGCAGGAGCCCCGGCUGCCCUUUCACGCUGAACGUGCAGCACAACGGAUUCUGCGAGCGCUGCCACCAUGCCCGGCAAAUUAACGCAGGCCACACCUCGGACAACACGAGGCACUUAGACCCCGGGAAGUGCCGGGCCUGCCUGCAGGACGUCACCAGGACGUUUAAUGGGAUCUGCAGUACUUGUUUCAAAAGGACUACGGCGGAGCCCUCCUUGGGCCCCAGCUCCAGCGUCCCUCCUUCCUGUCACCAGAGGUCCAAGUCGGACCCCUCGCAGCUCAUCCAGAGUCUCUCCCCACAUUCUUGCCGCAGGGCCGGGACCGAGGCCCCCCCUGCCUGCCUCUCUCAGGCCCCACGGACUCCAGGGGACAGGACAGGGACGAGCAAGUGCAGAAAAGCCGGCUGCAUGUACUUCGGGACUCCAGAAAACAAAGGCUUCUGUACGCUGUGUUUCAUCGAGUACAGAGAAAACAAACAUUUUGUCACUGCCACCUCGAAGGCCGGUCCCACGGCCUCCCGGUUCCAGAAUGGCGUCCCCUGCCUGGGGAGGGAAUGUGGCACUCUCGGAAGCACCGUGUUUGAGGGAUACUGUCAGAAGUGUUUCAUUGAAGCGCAGAGCCAGAGAUUUCACGCGGCGAAAAGGACCGAAGACCAACUGAGAACGAGCCAGCGCAGAGAGGCGCCUCGAACCGCCCCGAGCGCCUCCAGGCCCAAGUGUGCUCGCGCGUCCUGCAAGAACAUCCUGGCGUGCCGCAGCGAGGAGCUGUGCAUGGAGUGCCAGCACCUCGGGCAGCGAGCGGGCCCCGGGGCGCACCGGGGCGAGCCAGCCCCCGAGGAGCCGCCCAAGCAGCGCUGCCGCGCCCCCGCCUGCGACCACUUCGGCAACGCCAAGUGCAACGGCUACUGCAACGAGUGCUUCCAGUUCAAGCAGCUGUACGGCUGACGGCAGCGGUGGCCAGCCCGGCCACAGGGGGCCUCGAGCCACUAGCCAGCAUGGCACUGUCCCCGCCGGAGGGCCGUCCCUGCGGCAGUGAGCUCCGGAGGGGCCUUCAUGCCGGGGAGGGAAGAUAAGGUCGCGGUCCCAGUUCCAGGGAGCGUUCCCAGGUGGCUUUUGAGCAAAGCUAGUGACUGGCGGUGGAUGGUGUCUGUCCUGCCCAGGGCUGCUCCCCCUCACCCACCAUGCAGAAGGCGGGAGCAUUAUGGACUGGGAAUGUGUGCCAGGACCGCUCCGUGGUCCCAGGAGAAAAGGGAGAAGACACACGGCCAGGCGGCCGGGGAGCCAGAACCAUUCCGCCUGGCCGGCCCCCCGAGGGCAUUGCUCAGAGACUGGAAGCUGAACCCUCACGGCCUGCGGGCCCUCUGCCAGAAGGUCAGGAAGCUCAGGGAGAAUGGAAAUGUUCAGCGUGUCAGUAGUUAGUGGUUUUUCUCUACCUGCCUCGUUCCUUUCCCACGGACUGGGCAGAAACAGAACCAUCCACAGACUGUCAUUCUGAGGCUGCUGCGACUGAAUACGUUCACACUGAAAAGCAAACCAGCUGCUCUUUACAGUAUGCACCUUUGAAAAAAUUAGAACAUUUUAAUAGCAGGAAGACGUGUGACUCUCUCGGUUAUCACUGUCUUCUCUUCGAAGUUAGCCCGGACUGAGAUGUGCAUAAGCGUGUGUAUAUAUAUAUAAUAUAAUGUGCCCUUAUAUUAUGUAUGAGGGAAUUUUUUAUUAUUAUGUUUGAAAUACUGCCCUCAAAGUUUAAGUAGGAGGACUGAAUAAUAACCUAUUUUCUGGUUGUUGUCAGGGGCGCCAUCUGUAUACAGCUUGCGUGAAUUCCACCGGCUGCCUUGUUAAAGGGAGCUCUCUAUUGUGUGUAUGUAAUUCACUUUAUUUAUUUUAUUACAAACUUCAAGAUUAUUUAAAUGAAGACAUUUCUUCUGUCCUGGGGAAAAUGCUUGCUGUAGUGUCUUGAAAUAACAGAUUCAUAGUGGUUCGCUUUACCGGCAACUUCCUGACUACAUUGAGGAUUUGGCCUCUUUGAUGGACUUUGGUUGCUUAUGCCUCUCAGUAUCCUACCUCCUUAGAGAUAAGAUUGGGAAGGAACAGGGAUGAGAUUGGAGAAGGUCAUGGGGAAGAUGUGGCCUUUAAUGAUGGUUUUAUUUGCUGUGUUAAUGCUUUGUCCACUGGUGCCGCCAGUGACCUCACAUCCAGUGGCACCUUAGCGUUGGGACAGCAAAGCCCUGUGACCAUGAACUAGCUUAAGGAAAUUUCUUUCUGUCCUUGGCGCGCAGUUUCUCUAUAUGCUUUGUGUUACUGUCGUACUUGUUCUAGGAAUAAAGGGGGAAACACGUAGCUCCCAGAGGUAAAGGCUGCCUUUUUUUUUUUUUUUUUUUUUGGUCUGGAAAUUAUGA